CAAAGAGGAUCUCUCUCGCCCUCAUCCUCUUCAAUCUCAUCACUUCCAUUCGCUUUUGUAGCGCUUCCUCCUCGCCUCCUCACAACCCUCGAAAAAGCGUGUGAUGUUCCAUGCUUGCAAAACGAGCUGCUCGACCGCCCAGAAUUGUGAAGCGUCGAGAUAUUUGCGGAAAGAUUGUGUUCUUGGCCAAAGUCUCGAACUCUUUAUCUUUCUGCUCGUCUCUGGGGCGUACUCGUCGUUUGCCGAAUUUGUUUGUUCCUCCGCUUCUCGGCCUCCCAAUGUCCUGCCAGGUGACUCCACUUCUCCCGUGUCCAGUCAAAGUCACGGCUUGUCGACCGUCUCUGUUCGUUGUUGCGCAGAGGAAGAAACGACAAGUUUUUGCCGGUACUUUCAGAAGUCUGUGCAAGUUCACUAGGAGUGAAACACUUGGGAGAAAAUAGCCGUUCCACACGUAAAUCUAUCCGUAGGUGCCGUUCUUUUGCUCGUCUCGUGGUGCGGACAGAGGUCCCAUUUUGAAAAUACAGCCGUGGCUGUCUUCCAAAUGAUAUUUCUGUUUGCGUGAAUCGGUGAUCGGUGGGCUGGUUUCCCGUUGUUUCACUGUUUGCUUUGAUUUUUUCCGCUGUCUCUCGGACUUUUCGGGGCUUUCGAAGGCGGGUCUCCUUGCCCCUCCUAUGCGUGGCAUCGCCCCCCGGGAGACGAGCCAUAAAAAAAUGGAGGCAUUGCUAUCUGAGAGAGUCCGAACUGUGGCUUCGCCGACUGGGUAGAGUUUUUCUGGCUGAUCUUUCCUUUGAGUGAAGCCAUCUGAAAAGUUGACGAGGUACCCUUUCCUCUUCUUGGGAGACAGAAUCCCUUUCAAUAGGACUGUGCACAGCCGCCGAUGUCCUCGACCUAGUUGGCCUUGCUGCGUUGUGAAGUCACCUUUUCUUUUUCUUUCGACAAUGCUCAUCUUUGCUCGUCUUCCUUUUGAUUUGGUGAGCAACGCACCCCCUUUGUGCGACGGGGUCUUGAAUUGUGAAUGCGCGCGCAACGAGGCAGCUUCCCGGUCGCUUCUCCGAGCGUUUCGGUCCACGGCCGAGUUCCUCUUUCUGUUGUUUGAGAAGUUCUUAAUCUGCUCAAACAACGCGAGGGAGCAGGUUUUCAUUUGAAAGACGAGGUGUGCGGGGGUGGAAUUGUUUCGUUCUGUGGGUCUGCCCGCCAACGGGAUUGCGACAAGACGGGGGGGCAAGUACGGCGCUCGCCGUUUUUUGGAAGCGCAGCUGGAUAUGCGUUUCGCCAUUUCUGAAAUUCGUUGCGGUGGCUCUCGACCAUUUCUGGCCCCGGCAUCUACGACUUCUCGUGGGGACCAUUUCUAGAUGAUGACAGUGUCUUCGACUGCUCGAGCAAGCGCGUUCAUGCACCCGCAAAGAAACGAAAGCCGGCCGAAAAAAUGUUCUAGGAGUGGCGAAAGCGACUUGCACUAAAGAAUGCUUUCUAAAGAGAAGGCUGCCGCCUCGGAGAAGUACUGCCAGUUCACAAGAAAAAUGGCGCGAGGCAGGCCCUGUGGUUUUCUGUCGCGUAGCUUUGAGUUGAAGAAGGACGCCAAAUAUGGAGAAGCGUUUUUCUCUGCAUCCUGCACAAGGGGCCGCAUCACUCGUUUUUAUUCAGAAAACGCGUUACACGGGGUAUUCCAUCGAAGCUUUCCCAGUUCUCAUCGUCCUUAGCUUCCACUCUAUCCUCGUUGUUCGCUUCGCUUUUGUUUUCCCCCGUUACGCAUUCGCAGUGUGUGCUUCUCUGUCAUGUUGUGUUCACUGUUCCCAUUCGACUUUCUCUUUUCUCGCCUUCCUCGCUGACUCGUUUGUGUCUCUGAUCGUCAUCUCCGCCACUUGACGACGUCCAUUUUCUACGCCGUCUGUCUCUUGUGGGAGAGCAAAGAACACCACAAAUCUCCGCAGCCGAAGGACGGCAUGCAGCGCUUCUCUCCGGUUCGCCCACAGUUUGUAUGUGCCAACGAUCCAUGUUUUUUCCGCAUUUGCUUCUGAGAUCUGUGCCGCUUGUCAUGGUCUACCAGUCUCCUUCCUUCUCGCGACUUGCACAGCCUUCACCGCUUCCGCCUGCUUGUCAAGGCGUCCCUGAACGCGGUGUCACUUUUUUUUCCUAGUCUUGUUCCACCUUUACAUCAUUUCCUCUGCUGUCCUAGCUUUCGCUUCUCGCCAUGUCGUUGCCCGAGCAACCUGCCUUACCCCAGUCGGGAGGCGGAAAGAGCCCCUCUGCGUCUGGCGUCAUCCCGUGGAGAACUCGGCACACAGUUCGUCUGAGGGUGUUUGAUCUCUCGAAAGGGAUGGCGAAACUCUAUGGAGGCCUCUUCGUCUCUGACGAGAAGAAAGGUGUGUGGCACACAAACGUCGUGGUUUUCGGAUUGGAAUACUUCUACAUGUCCACCAUCUGCGUUUGCCCCGCGGGCCUGGGGUGGCCUGGCGAAGAACAUCUUACAGACUGUACUGAAAUGGGGACGACUGAGCGCACACCGAUUGAGUUGGAGGCCUUUCUUCGCACGCAGCAGCAGAUUUUUACGCCGGACAAGUACGACAUGUUUAAACACAACUGCAAUCAUUUUUCGGAUCUCGUCCUUCGCUUCCUCGGUAGCCGUCGCCGUGUGCCUUCGUACAUUCUCUCCCUCCCUGAUCGUGUGCUGCAAACAACUCUCGGCAAGCUGGUGCACCCGAUCCUCAGCGUUGCCAUGGAUGUUAUGAAAGCUGACAUACGUCAGAAGGCAGACAAGGCCGAGUUGUCAGGCGAAAUAUUUUUUUAUGGGGGUGUGGAGCCGCUGCUCGAUCCGACUGAGAGUCGCACCCGUCGUUUUCUGAAGCAGGUGGCGCGACAAGUCCAGCAGGAGCGCCGGACGCAUCGAGCGAGACAUGUCAACUCGUCUGUGCCGCCGAUAACGGAAAGGGCGUUGAGCAGCCGGUCCUCUGUCUCUCCUGGAUACAAACCGUUUCCAUCGUCUUUUCCUUCUCCCGCUGCAUUUGGUCUCUCUUUGACACCGGUCUCUCCCCUCGGCCAUGCUCGGCAGUGUUCCGCUGCACGGGGUCCUGCCUGCGGAGCCGCCGACCUCAGGAGGGGCAACCGGCCCAGUUCCCCAGCGGGAGUCUCCGCUGUCAACGAGACGUCUCUGUUUUGUCUGCAGCAAAAGCUGGAGGCAGAGUCUUCGCUUCUGUCUCCGGGGGUAAGGCUCCCGGGUGACAUGGAAGCAGAGAACCGAGAAGCUACGAACAACGAAGUGGAUGAGUCCGCUCGUUUUUCCUCUCGCCAGGAGGGCGGGGAUGAGGUGCGUCCUUCGGAUCCAGGAGACAAAGGUGAAGGGGAGUUUCUUUCUCCAGGGAGUUUCAAUCGGCGAGCUCUGGACCGGAAAGAGCCGACAGCCACCCGUACACCUGUCGGGGACUCUCCACCUGCUCGGUUCCCCUCUCGUCCAAGUCGAGCGCCCAGCGGAUCACGCAUGCAGAGGCAGAGCAGCCGCCACUCGAGUCACCUUGUCCAUGCAGAGGACGAUGGAGAAGCAGCCAGUGAGCAGGACGCCUUCUGGGAUGUGGAGGAAGCGAGUGCAAACAGUGGCGAAGAGUGGACGGUGCUUCCUGCUUGGGCGUUUGCCUCAGGGACGCACCGCAGAGAGACCUCUGCGGUCGAGGAGGGGCGUCGUUUCUGGCGCGUCCCUCCUGAUUGGCGGAGUCACGCCCCACACAGUAUGUCGCAUUUCAUGGCGAGUGGACAUACGUUUUCAGGCGUACGCAAAGCGGAGACCCCUGUCGAGUGGGCCGAAGCCGAGAGCGACGGAGGCGCCGGCGCCAUGCGAAGUGUCUUUUCUGCAGGUGAGCGAGAAGACGAAGACCGGAAAGCCACUGGAGAGGCGAAUGCUUCAGACAGCGACUCGGAGCACAGCAUCCGAAGUUACACGUUCGAGGACUCCUGUCCCCUCAUUACUGCCGCGGGAGGAAACAGUCCGAGGCCGUCGGGGGUCUCGCGAGGCGACGAAGAAGAUGAGUGGCAACUGAGAGGACAAAGGAGACGACGCAUGAAAGCCAGGGUGGAAGAAGGGCGUCUGGGGCGGGCAACUGGGAGACGGCAAGGUUCCGCGACCGGUCCAGAGAUCGACUCUGAAAGUGAAGGAGGAACGUUUUCACGGAGGGUGAGUACGCCGCAGCGCACGGUGUCCGCACAGGACGGUGAACAGGAAGGGAGACACUUCCAAUCAGCUCAAGACGCGGUCCAUGAAGGGCACCGGACGCGGACGCUUCUGGCAAGGAGUCAGGUGAGACGGUCGCAGUCCGAGCGCCACACGAGUCUCUCUUCUUCGUCAUCUUACGGACAGACUCGAGGUCUUCUCCAUGCGAGAGCGGCGUCCGGGGAGAUUCUUUUUGUGACUCCGCCUGAGCAGGCCCAGCGGGAUGUGUGGAGUCCGCCCCAUGGAAGCGAAGCCUGCUCAGGAGGUGAGGAGCCGAGAGACCCGGCCAGAGUGAGGAGGAGUCGUGAAGGUUGUCACACGGGGAAAGGGAGUGAACUCGAGUAUUCUGAUGCACAUGAAGGAACUGAAUCCUUUUCAGAGGCAAGCCGCGACGAAGGCGCUUCUUCGUUCCUCCUCACGUCUUCGGCAUCGCACGCAGAAGACGAGGAAGAAGGUGAACGUUCUCAGUCGUGGGAAGAAGAAGAACGAAGCGCGAAUGGUGAGGCAUUCGACAGUGACGACGGGUGGAGUGCGUCUCCCGUCAAGCGAAAAGACGACGAAAACGCACCUUUCGAGAGGCAGGAACGCGAAGAAAAGAGCGGCAACGACCCGGCAUUGGCAUUCGAGAUCCCAGGGGAACCACGGUGGGGAGGCCAUGCUGGCCGAAGAAGGCGAGACGAUGCUUCUGGGUUGCAUGCAAACCCCACAACGGGCAAAGAUCACGCGGCGCAGGCACAUCGAGAUGUCCUCGGACGACGAAAAGAUGAAGAGAAGCUCGAGGCAGACUUCGAGCGUCUUCACGCGUCGUUCUUCACUCCUCCCUCGGGUGCGCCCGAGUCAAGUGACGAGUUGGAGGAAGCGGAUGCCUUCUCCUCCUCGUAUCCCUCUCGCUCCGAUUUCUCGUCUCCGUCAUGCACCGAGUUGUCUCGCGUGCGAAGCAAGAUUCAUCGACAGCGGACAGCAGCUUCGUCUUCAAGCACAGUCUCUCAGCCGGGAGCACUGCGUACAGUAUUAUAUCGAACGAGAUCUCCACAGAAGACUUCCGUAGACAUGUCCUCGCGGGACAACCGAAGGGGCUCCUGUUCCAGUCGGGGUGUUAACCAUGCGAGCGAUUCACCUGCGUCUGUUUUCGCAUUCUCGACGAAAAGUGUAUCUCCCGCGCCAGUUAGGUGUGACCUGAAAGAAGGCAAAGGCAGACACCAAAGCAGGUCGAGAAUGAGUGAAAGCGCGUGUGCCCCAAGGGAGUUUGAUUCGAGAGAACGUCGCAGGUAGGGUGGGGUGCGAGACAUCGCUACGGUCAAUGAGAGUGAAGAAGCGAGAAGGGGAAGACACCUUGCGUCAGUGGAAGCCGAAGUGGUGAGAUGCGCGUUUCUGCGCAGUUAUGAAAGACAUGAUUCCUUGAAAAGCGGGAGGCGACGACUGGGGCAGCGCCGAAGAGGUUCGGAGCAGCUCCAUGUGCAAGAAGGAAGAACACAGGAAGAAUGUGAAGAGGAACAUCUCACUGGCUAUGUAGGAAGAGGAGCUUCGUCCGUGUGCACAUCGAGGAAAGAAAGAACUGCAGAGAGUGGAAAACUGCUGAGGAGUAUGUAGAAGAAACUGCCAGCUGUGAGAAAGGGAAAAACUAGGAAUUCGGUACACAGAGGCAAAGAGAACAACUCUGCGUUCUUACAUGUAAAACUUGUGGGUAAAGAAGUAUAUCCCCGAUAUGGGCUUGCGUCGGCAUUUGCGUAGAGUCGGUGUAGCGCGCGUGGAGAUGUCGCGAGAGGGAAGUAUCAGGUUGUGCCUAUGCGGAGAAGUGAGAGAGUCCAGUGUGUGUGUGUGGUGGAAAACGAGCUCGAGAAAAUUCCACCGGUGCCAGAUUCUGGAGGGUCAUUUAGGGACAGCGCAAUUCUGUAGGGGAGGAAGACAGCUCAACCUUCCGUGGAUGCCUGUCCAGCUUGGGGUGUUCUCCUAUUUAGACGUCUGGUCGCGUUAUAACGAAGCAUUAAUACCGAGAAUAGAGGCUCGGCAUUGCUGUCUUUCACAGGUUUCAAUGGUAAAAGUCAGGAAGUAUCUCAUGCAGUGUUCUUAAAGACUUCAGGUUCUAUCUGCCGCCAUGCGAACCAGCGUAUAUCUGCGUCAACGAAUAUGAUCAAGUUAAGAAUCUUCUGUGUCAUCGGCACUUAAAGACGCUGACUGCAGAGCUAAGCGCAAUCGAGAGAUGAUGAGACUGGUAAUAGGUUCUUUCCAGAGGAUUACUUUACAGCUCGCGCCAGAAUUUCAUGAUUUUGUUCGAAGUAUCCUGCGGCACAUUUUGCGUUCAAUGGGUCCCAGAACAACGGUGCAGAUCGUCGAUGUGCCUCUCGGACAACGACGAAACAGAAGAAAAUACUGGCGUGCAUCUAAUGCCUUCGUUCACAAAUGAGGUCCAGGCAGGGAAACGCACAAAAUUCACCGGCCCAAGCGUUUCAUGGUGUCAUUCCCCAUCUGUUUUAUGCGUGAUGGGCUCAUGUCUUCCUGGAAUCAACUACGUCUCUCGUAGUCCUCUGGAAUUGAAAAGACGGA